GGCUGGCGGGAAAGUUUUCGGGAGUUCAGGCAGGUUCAGGCCCGCCGGUGCCGAAAGGCUCGGUUCCGUCGCCUUCUGCUGCGGACAGCCCUACUCGGCAGCGCGUCUGCUACUGCAGGCCUGGGGGUGCCUGUUGGGCCCUCAUCCGUUCGCUGGGUCCCAGUUUUUGUGUCUAAGAUCUUAGCGUUCACGUGGUUGUCAGAGGCGUUUCCUAUUCACUCAGACAAUGGCCAAGAACAAAUUUAGAGGUCAGAAGUCCAGGAAUGUAUUUCACAUAGCCAGCCAAAAAAACUUCAAGGCUAAAAACAAAGCAAAACCAGUUACUACAAAUCUUAAGAAGAUAAACAUUGUGAAUGAUGAAAAAGUUAACAGAGUGAAUAAAGCUUUUGUAAAUAUACAGAAAGAACUGGCACACUUUUCAAGAGGCCUUUCUCUUGAACCUCUACAGAAAGAUCUGGUUCCUCAGCGACAUCUUGAAAAUGAACCUGUUAAUGUUGAUGAAGCUACAAGAUUAAUGGCUCAGUUGUAAUGUAGUGAUGAUAUAUCAAAGUACCCAAAAAGUUCAAUAAAUUAAAUGUUUUAUACAAUUUUA